UUAGCGAUCAUGGAUACGGGAAAACGAAAUACACAAAAUGGCAGCCUCGAUAUGUCCCGAGUAUAGGACAACAUGAAUUUCUACAUUGUACAGAGAACGAUUUGUAUUUAAUGUCAAUAUUCUGAGAUUUAAAUGUGAUGGCGGAUUCAAGGAUGUAGACGAGGUGUCCUGGAGAAGUUCGAGAUUCCAAACGAAUUCGAACAAGAAACUCCCAUCAUGUCAACUCUAAUAGCACUUCUCUUGUUUGUUGGUUUAAUUCACAAUGCUGCUGGGGCCUGCACGUUACCGACAGACAUUAGAGGGACAUGGAUUAGCAGCGACAGGGGAUCUCUCACCUUCAACUCAAGUCACGUGAUCGACUACCCAGUGUACAAUCAGGGAAAUCUUGCUUUCGCAUGCGAAACUCUGGCUGGCGACUACUACGUUCUUCUGUCCGAGGAGUUCACGCUGUUCAGUAGUCCAGCUAUUGCUGUGAUGUGUGUCACAUUCACCAGUCUCAAAGAAUCGAUGUACAAAUACCAGAUAUUUACAAGUUCGUUGCCGGAUGCGGACUACCAGAGAAUAAGGUUUGCUGCGACGGGAACAAGCGUGGACACCUCUUUGGCAUGUACCGACCAGGGAGCUACCGACUACUACCUCCUCGUACAAGACGGUCAGAUCUCGUCGGUGAAGCAACAGUGCCCAGAUAUUUUCCUUGGGACCUUCGGGUUUUCCUUCAAUGAAUCCGACUGUGCCAAUAAUACUGGCUCCCUGGACGUGUGCAGUGAUCUCAAUACCUUGAGCUUCAACUACAGCGAUUGCAACACUCAACAGGCUUAUUCUAGUGGUGGAAGUCUGAACUGUUUGUACUCGACUACUUCUGGUGAUGUCACAACACUGAAUGUGUACAACCUGGACGCCACAACAGAUGAAUCCACCACAUACAGGUUUACUUGUUAUAUGAUCGAGCAGCCGUCCGGCUCUAGUAAUGUAUAUGCGACUCAGCACCCCAAGGACUGUCACGUGAACCAGACGACUACGUACGUGCCGGCCCCUGGGGCUAACCUCACCAUGCUUGCCAGUGUCACUUGCGUCCCUACAACAACCACGGAAGACGCAGUGUCGCAAGCAAGUCUGAUCGCUGGUCUCGCCGCAGGAUUUAUUGUUCUGCUUCUGCUUGCAUUACUCAUCAUUUGCUUCUACUGCUACAAAAAGAAGAGCAAGGUCCAACCAGCGGGGAAAGCUCCAAUUGAUACAGCCAUGCCGUACCAAAAGGAGAAGUUGGGAGAUUUAGAGCUGGAGGAAGCCCAUUCGGAAGUACCCCCGCGUUCUACAGAGGCCGAGCCUCCGACGGCCAUAGGUCAUUCGAGAACAGAAGUCGAUAAGGCGGGUCCUAGUAAUGGCCUAGAAAGACAAAUGUCCAAAGAAAUCACCAUACAUUUCCGAGACCUGAAAGAGCUAGAACUGAUGAAGGAGAGAGCAAAGAUGCAGACGCUUGUGGAUGAAUGCCCCAUAACCAAAGAGAAAGACCACCAUUGGACACCGACUUUUGACGGAUCAGUUCGACCUAGACUGGAACUGACUUAUGUGGAACCAACAGAUUACAAAGAUGUUGUCCAACAACUGCAUCCAAACGGAAAUGUGGCAAAUGGUCACGUGACCAACGCGCAGCCCAACGGCAACGCCAUUCACCUGCCCGAUCUAACAACCCAGCCAGUUUUUGAGCAAGAUGAAGAUGAAUAUGAAUCGGAGGACGAUGAUAACAUCUUCAUAUCUCCUUCUGAUACAAAUAGGGGACCGGAAACGAAAACUAAAACAAAGAAAAAGAAGAAAAAGAAAAAGAAGAAACAUGUUCAAAUUAAAGAAAACAAAUAAUCGACGAUUUGAAAUCAAAGAUACCUAAAAGUAUUAAAAACGAUAUAAUUUUCUUUCAAUGAGAAAGUUUCGUGACUUGACUCGUACAAAGCAUUACCUGCGCAAAUUACUUGAGUGCGGAACUGGACGCGAUCUCUCAUGUGUGGUCAUGUUUGGAUACAUGUGUAAGAACAACUGUAAUGGUAAAGUAUAGUUACAGGUGACAUCAGCUCAUGGAAGUAGCACUACACACUUGUGAUAUUACUUGUGAUAGGGUGUGAUAUAGUUACAUGUAUGGUCAUGAUACACAAACGAUAUUCGUACAGGUAAACUAAUUAUUAAGCGAUAUAUUAUUCGUACAGGUAAAACUCAUUAAGUAAUUUAUGUAUCCGUAUAUGUGUAUAAUCAAUGGUUAGUGUAUAAAUAUAUAUUUAGAUAACCAAAGACGUUUUUAAAGUCUAAAUCCUGGCUUUAAAUUAUGUCCUCAUCAUACAUCAGUUGUUUUCUACAUACAACGAAUAUUAUUUGUAAUCCUUCAAAUUUGAUGAUUGUAAUUUCUAUAUAUUUUCCUCAAUGGAAAGAAUUGGGCAGAAUAUCUAAAACAUUCAUAAUACAACUUCAAAGGACAGUCAAACGUGUUUAAUGAGACCAAAUCCAUCGUCAGUGUCGCAUCCAAAGAUAGUCAAACAUGUUUAAAGAUGCAGAAUCCAUCGACAGUGUCGCGUCAAAGACAGUCAAUAAUGUUUAAGGAGACCGAAUCCAUCAUCAGUGUUGAGUCAAACGACAGUUAAACAUGUUUAAAGAGACCAAAUCCAUCGUCAGUGUCUCGCCAAACGACAGUCAAACAUGUUUAAAGACACCGAAUCUAUCGUCAGUAGCGCGUCAAAAGAGGUCAAUCAUGUUUAAAGACACCAAAUCCAUCGUCAUGUUUAAGAGACCGAAACCAUCUUUGAAAUACCAAACUUCAGUAAAAAAAAACACCUUCCCUUUCGCUGAUACCAAAUAUUGUUG